AACACUUUUGAAGUCUCACCUGUUCAGCUGGAGAGAGGGUGGUGAGAGUAUCUCCGCUUUGUCUGCUGCUCAUGCAAAUCUGACCCAAAAAAGAGAAAAACAGGGACUAAAAUAUGGAAGACAAGACAGUUUCCAUCCAGCCACAUUUUAAUGUUGGCAACCUUCAAAGAUACCUAUCGAUGAAGCUAGGGGUCUCAAAUGAUGACACCUUUACUGUCAGGCAGUACAGUGUUGGUCAAUCAAACCCAACCUUUUUCAUCCAGACAACCUCAAACAGUUAUGUUCUCAAGAUGCGACCCCGAGAUGAGCUGAUACCAGGGGUUCAAAAGAUGGAAACAGAAUAUUUAAUCCAGAAGACCCUCUUUUCUGCUGGUUUCCCCGUCCCUAAGGCCAUCUGUUACUGCUCGGAUGUUGAAGUAAUUGGAACAGAGUUUUACGUGAUGGAUCAUGUGAAAGGCCGUAUAUUCAGGGAUCUUCAGCUCCGUGGACUGAGUCCAGCAGAGAGAACAGCUUUGCACGUAGCUAUGGUGGAAGCGUUGGCAAAGCUGCAUUCACUCAACUUGGCAUCACUAAAACUGGAAGGGUUUGAAAAAGGACCGGGUUACUGCAGGAGACAAGUGUCCCUUUGGACGAAGACAUACAAAACAUCAGCCCACAGAGAAAUUCCUGCUGUUAUCGAGCUGUCUGAUUGGCUGAUGAAUAAUUUGCCUGAGAAAGAUGAUGAGGUUACACUCAUCCAUGAAGACUACAGACUGCAAAAUAUAGUAUUCCACCCGACAGAGGCUCGUGUGAUAGCAGUGUUGGACUGGGAGUCGUCCACCACCGGAAAUCCUCUAAUAGAUCUGGCCUACUUACUGGCCCCAUUCUACUGGCCCAAAAGUUUCAACAUUGGCAUGAUUUUAGGUGGAUUACAAGGAGUAGAGGGUGUUCCAGCUGCUAGUGACCUGAUCUCUGUUUACUGCAGAUGUCGAGGAAUCCCGUCUGAUUCUCUGCCACAGCUGAACUUCUUCUUGGCUCUGUCUGCUUUUAAAGUUUUAGUUGCCCAGGGGCUAACGACUCACGUCCUUCAGGAACCCACCAACGUGCCCAAUGCCGAUCAACUCUUGCAGAAUAUGGAGCUUUUGGCUAAGAUAGCUCUGCAACGUGUGAAAAGACCCCUCACAGAUCCAAGAAGAGAUGCACAAUUACUUCAAACAGGCAGAGGCCAUGGUGUUCUCCAACAAGUCAAAGACUUUAUCUGGCUGUACGUUCUUCCUGCUGAGCAGGAAGUUGUGGAAUACUACCAAAAGCAUGUGCAUUCCCCGCAGAGAUGGAACACACCCCAAAUCAUGGAAGAUUUAAAGGAGAAAGCCAAAGAGGUGGGGUUGUGGAACCUGUUCCUGCCUGCUGUCAACGGACUCACUCAGGUGGAUUAUGCCUACAUCGCAGAGGAGACUGGACGCUGCUUCUUUGCCCCUGAAGUCUUUAACUGUCAGGCUCCAGACACAGCAAACAUGGAGGUGCUGCACAUGUUUGGCAGCGAGGAGCAGAAGAAGAAGUGGCUGGAGCCUCUUCUGAGAGGAGAAAUCCGCUCCUGCUUCUGCAUGACAGAGCCCGGCGUUCCCUCCAGUGAUGAAGCCAACAUGGAGUGCAUUCUUCACAGGGAUGAAGAAGACUACGUCAUAAAUAGCACAAAGUGGUGGUGCAGUGGUGCAGGAAAUCCUAAAUGCAAAGUGGCCGUUGUGAUGUGCAGGAGCUCUCGGGAUGUUAGCAGCAGGCAUGGCCAGCACAGUAUGAUCCUGGUACCCAUGGAAACUCCAGGAGUGAAGCUCAUCCGACCUCUCACCGUGUUUGGACAGGACGAUGCCAUCCAUGGCGGCCAUUUCGAGGUGCACUUUGAAAAUGUGCGUGUUCCCGCAUCCAACAUCAUUCUGGGAGAAGGCAGAGGGUUUGAGAUAGCUCAGAGGCGUCUGGGCCCGGGCAGGUUGCACCACAGUAUGAGAGCUGUUGGUUUGGCUGAGCAUGCGCUGGAGCUUCUGUGCCAGCGUGCUGCUUCUAGACAGACGUUUGGGAAAAAGCUGCACCAGCAUGAGGUCGUUGCUCACUGGAUAGCAGAGAGUCGUCUGAUGAUAGAGCAGACCCGCCUGCUGACUCUUUAUGCAGCUCAUUCUCUGGACACACUGGGCAGCCGUGCAGCUCGCAAGCAGGUUGCUAUGAUCAAAGUGGCAGCAGCCAGGAUGAGCUGUAAGGUGGUGGACAUCGCCAUCCAGCUCCAUGGAGCUGCAGGGGUGUCCCAAGACUUCCCACUAGCACAGAUGUACUCGUACGCACGGACUCUGCGCAUCGCUGAUGGACCAGAUGAGGUGCACCUUUCCUCCAUAGCGUCUCUAGAACUGAAGGAUCAGCUGAGAAAGUCUCAGGCUAAGCUGUGAGGAUCAAAUUCAAUGUGACUGGCCAAAUUAACUGGAACAAUUAGUUUGCAGAAUCCAGUUUGGAGCGUUACUAAGAAAAGAUAAAAUGAGUAAACAUGCUGAACUCUAAAUUAAGGCUGUUUAUGUAGUUUUGUAGAUUUAAUCUGUGAUUUGUUUAUUUUACCGACAAUUUAUACAUUAAGGUUGAGGUGGUCUGUUUUGAUUUUGGUCGCGUUUUUAUUACUGAUCUGAUAAAUCUUUGCCUUUCUUUGGUUGUUUUGUAAAUGUGCUCAUCAUGUGGAUGUUAAAAUCACAAGUGAAUUUCAAGCAUUUAAUAAUAAAAAA